GUUUAAAAUCGCUUCAAAUUCUAGCUAUCGUUAACUCAAAUGCGAUUUUAGUUGACAAUGGAGCCAAAAUAUCAUGAGAGUAGGAACACUCGAAUUUCAUCAUCUUCCUCGAUUGAAUUCCAUUCAGAUUUUUCUGUCCAAAAACUUCUGUGAAAUGGAUAUAUUGAAGUCCUCAUUUCUCCACUCAACUCCAUUGAAUCCAACUCCAAAACCCGCCAAAAAUGGGACCCGGAAGUCCACAUUACUCUGUUCCAUCAAGCCGGACCCAUGGUCUCUCAGCGACGGCAAUUCUUCCAACCUCAACAAACCAAAACCCAAAUCGAAACACCCGAAGAACCCUCUUUCCGAUGACAACGCUCGACGGAUAAUCAAAGCCAAGGCUCAGUACUUGAGCGCGUUGAGGCGGAACCAGGGCUCACGCGCACAAACGCCCAAGUGGAUUAAAAGGACUCCCGAGCAAAUGGUGCAGUACUUGGAGGACGAUAGGCAUGGGCACCUUUAUGGGCGCCACGUUGUUGCUGCUAUAAAACGUGUGAGAAGCCUUUCUGGGAAGGCGGAGGGGACGUUUGAUAUGAGGGAAAUAAUGGGGUCGUUUGUCACGAAGCUUACUUUUAGAGAGAUGUGUGUGGUUUUGAAGGAGCAGAAGAGUUGGCGUCAAGUAAGAGACUUCUUUGCAUGGAUGAAAUUGCAGUUAAGCUACCGGCCCAGCAUUAUAACCUACACAAUUGUCUUGCGUGCAUAUGGACAAGUUGGAAAGAUCAAGCUAGCUGAACAAACUUUCUUGGAGAUGCUUGAAGCAGGGUGUGAACCUGAUGAAGUUGCUUGUGGCACCAUGUUGUGUUCAUAUGCCAGAUGGGGGCGUCACAAGGCUAUGCUCUCAUUUUAUUCUGCUGUACAAGAGAGAGGGAUAACGCCUUCUAUUCCUGUCUUAAAUUUCAUGCUUUCAUCUUUGCAGAAGAAAUCAUUACAUGAAAGUGUCGUACAUAUAUGGAGGCAGAUGAUUGAUGAAGGGGUGGUCCCUAAUCAUUUUACUUACACAGUUGUCAUUUGCUCACUUGUGAAAGAAGGUCUUGCUGAAGAAGCUUUUAAGAUUUUUAAAGAGAUGAAGAAUUUGGGAUUUGUGCCUGAAGAGGCAACAUAUGGCCUUCUGAUCAGCUUAUUCUCCAAAAGAGGUGACAAAGAUGAAGCUUUCAGCCUUUAUGAGGACAUGAGAUCACGAGGAAUAGUGCCCAGCAAAUUCACCUGUGCUUCACUUCUAACGUUGUACUAUAAGAUCGGGGAUUAUUCUAAAGCCCUUUCCCUUUUCAGUGAAAUGGAGAGGUACGGUGUUGUUGCUGAUGAAGUCAUCCACGGUUUACUGAUUCGUAUAUAUGGUAGAUUGGGACUUUAUGAGGAUGCACAAAAGACUUUUGAAGAUAUUGAGAGGUUGGGCCUACUUAGUGAUGAAAAAACAUAUACAACAAUGGCACUAGUGCAUCUCAAUUUCAAUAAUUUUGAGAAGGCAUUAGACAUAAUGGAACGGAUGAAAUCUAGUAAAAUUUUACUCUCUAGAUUUUCUUUAAUUAUAUUGUUGCAAUGCUACACAAUGAAAGAUGACCUAACAUCUGCUGAAGUUACAUAUCAGGCUCUAUCUAAAACUGGACUUCCUGAUGCCAGUUCUUGUAAUGAUAUGCUAACUUUGUAUCUGAGACUAGGGUUAAUGGAAAAGGCUAAGGAUUUCAUUGCCCAGAUCAGGAAAGAUCAAAUUGCAUUUGAUGAGGAGCUAGUCAAGACAGUAGUGAAGGUUUAUUGCAAGGAGGGCAUGCUAAAGGAUGCAGAACAGCUGAUAGAGGAGUUGAGUACAGUUGGAACGUUUGAGGGGAGCAAAUUUGUUCAGUCAUUUUUUAUGGCCAUGAAUGGACAAUGCAGCAGAUUGACAGAAGCUGAAAGUGCUUCUGAGACCUUGGAUCUACUUGAUACUCUGGCUUUUGAGCUAAUGCUUAUGCUCUGUCUAACAGAUCGAAGCUCAAAGACACAAGAAAAACUUAAGCUAUUGCUGAAGACCAAAAAGGGCGAAUCAGCAGCUAACCAAAUAAUUUGCAAAUUCACAAAAGAAGGUGUGUCAAAUGCAGAAUAUCUUUAUCAGCUCAUGAUUGAAUUUGGUUGCACGCUAGAGGAUUCUGCAAGUGCAUCCAUGAUUAGAUUUUAUGGAAAGCAACACAUGCUUAAAGAAGCUCAAGACAUCUUUGAAGAUGUGGCAGGGUCUCUUGCAACUGGAAAAGUUCUAUAUAAUUCAAUGAUUGAUGCAUAUAUCGGGUGUGAUAAAGAAGAAGAUGCAUACUUGUUUUACAAAGAACAGACUGAGAAAGGGCAUAAUUUGGGUCCUGUUGCCAUUAGCAUACUGGUAAAAGCUUUGACAAAAUCAGGCAAAUAUCAUGAGGUUGAAGAUGUUAUUUAUACUAGUUUCCAGGCCAAUACAGACCUCGAUACUGUUGUGUACAACACUUUCAUAAAGGCAAUGUUAGAAGCAGGUAAAUUACGUUUUGCAGUGAGCAUAUAUGAGCGCAUGCUUUUUGAGAAUAUUUCCCCAUCAAUUCAGACGUAUAACCUGAUGAUCAGUGUGUAUGGACGGGGUCGAAAUCUGGAUAGGGCGAUGGAGAUGUUUAAUGUGACUCGAAGCAUGGGUAUACCUUUAGAUGAGAAGAUAUACACGAAUUUGAUUUGCUAUUAUGGAAAGGCUGGCAAAAGUCAUGAAGCAUCAGCUCUGUUUUGUCAAAUGCAGGAAGAAGGGAUUAAACCUGGGAAGGUGAGCUACAAUAUCAUGAUCAAUAUAUAUGCUGCUGAAGGACUCUAUCAUGAAGCAGAGCUUCUUUUCCAAAGCAUGCAGAAGAAUGGUUGUUCACCUGACACUUUAACCUACCUUGCUCUCAUUCGAGCAUAUUCAAAGGGAUUGGAAUACUCAGAAGCAGAAAAAACCAUCAUCUCGAUGCAGGAAAAAGGAAUAUCUUUGUCCUGUGCUCAUUUUAACCUCUUGCUUGUAGCUUUUACUCAAGCAGGUUUGAUGAGGGAAGCUGAAAGGAUCUAUGGGAACCUUAUCUCAACUGGAUUAGAUCCUGACCUUGAGAGUAAUCAGAUUAUGCUUAGAGGUUAUCUGAAAUUUGGAAAUCUGGAAGAAGGUAUCAACUUUUUUGAAAGAGACUGUUAUUCUUCGGAACCAGACAGGUUUAUUUUGAGUGCUGCAGUACACCUUUACAAGUCAGCCAGUAGGGAGUCAAAAGCUAAAGAACUUUUAAGUUCCAUGAACAGUUCAGGGAUUCGGUUUCUGCAGAAUCUUGAAGUUGGAUUAGGGACAAGAAACAUCUGAUUGAGUGUCAGUCAUUGCAGUAUUUGCAACUUCAAAUUUAUGAUUAUUCAGAGAGCUAAAACAAUAGUUAGAAUGACAGACAGCAAUUUACUCAUUGGUAAUUAGUGAUUUUGCUCCUACUUCUUGUGCACAAAGCUAUUACCAACUGAAAAGAAUUAGUUAUGAAACAGAAACUCCAGACGUUCACAGUAGGAUCUGCAUUGUUUUUGUCUACUCUGGUCUGGGAUGGUGGUCAUUUUCAUCGCGCUCUUUGUUGAAUUCCAUAGUGGUGACUCUGCAAAGAUGGACUUUGCAUGCAACUCCUAUUCCGAUCUUCUAAAUGCACUCCAAGAGAAGGUGCAUUUUAAUUCCUUGCCAGUCAAAGGUGAGGAUGCAGCAACUGUCAUUUAUAUUGGAUUAUCGUUGAAUCAACAAUCACUUCACAUGCAGUUGGGCAGAGUAUCAUCUAAGUUCCAACCAUCCAAAUUUUCUAGCUUGAUAGCAUGGCAUGCUAUACCAAUAGUGCAACUUUCCUUGAGCACAAGGCAAUCAUUCCAGAAUUCAGAUACAAAACCCCUCGAUCAGAAGAAACAGAUGAUGGGUGCUCUGUCUAUGGACGAGGCAGAUGUUGGCUGAAGUCGAAAGAAUGUUGUGUAUGUCAUUUUGUUAGACACCUAAGUUGUUGAAGAAAAUUAGUAACAAGGCUGAAUAUAAACAAAUGUCAGUUUGUCAGAGAAAUGUCAUCCAUUCUCCGUGUUGCAAAUUCCAGCUUGACCGCUGAAUCCAUAAAUGGCAGACAAGUAACGGGACAUCUACUUAUUUAUGAAGAAUAUUUUAUACAUUAUAGGAAGUGUCUUUAAAUGUAGAGGGUUGAAAUUUUUAUGCACUCUUAACAAUGUUCAUUUUGGCUCUUUAUUUUGCUUUUCUCAAAAAACACCUUUUGAUUUCUCUUUAUA